CUUUUACUUAUGAGAAACCAUAAGUUUUUUAUCUUUUCUAUGUGGUUUUGCAUCUGAUUUCAAAAAUAAACAAUAGAAAUUAGAAGUGUUAGCAUAAACUAAAAGAGGCACCCAGCUUGGUUUGUUAAAAAUAACAGCUAAGUAAACGAAAUGACAAGUGUGCUUCUCCUCCAACGUGAUUGUGUAUUGAUGAAGCUGUUGCUAAUGCUUAUUCUUAUCAGAAGUGGCAGUGCUCAUAACGAGUGCCAUGAGAAUUUGUCUUGUGGACCGGACGAACCCCUUAUUAGAUUUCCCUUCCAACUGAUGAAGGAGAUGGAGGAACCAUGCACUUAUCCCCGUCUUUGUCUUUCUUGUACUGAAAAAAAUGUGACCCAUCUUGUGCAUUCUACGAUUAAACUCCAAGUCACUGAUAUAGACUACCAAAACCAGGAAAUUAGGUUAACUGACCCGGAAAACUGCUUUACCAACAAGUUUAUGGAAGUCAUCAAUUUUAUUCGAAGUUACCAAUUAGAAUCACCAUAUGAUGGACCAGAAAACAACUUGAUCUUCUUCAACUGUACUUCAGCGGGGCUUCCAUACCUCAGAAACAACUACAUGCGACAAGAUAUGGUCUCCUGUCCUAUUUACAUGGCUAAUUCUUUUGAAAGUGUCCUCAGAUUGGAUCUAACAUCCUGUACCAAGAUGUUCAAUAUCACUGCACCAAUCGCGGCCGUCCACUGGAAUUUAUUGAUUUUGAGAUGGACUAAACCAAAUUGUGCUGAGUGCGAAGCAAAAGGCAAGAGAUGUAAAUGGAAGACCAAUAAAGACACACAAGGAGACAUUGAAUGUCUUGAAUGCAAACGGAAGGGAAUUCACGUUCCUAAAUCUUUUAUUUUUGCUACUACAGGUUCCAUCUUUUUGGGGCUGCUGGUCAUUGCUGUCUUUAAGGGCAUUCUCUAUUUUAGGAAAAAGCAAGAAGACCAAGAAAGGGUGGACAAGUUCUUAGAGGAUUACAGAGCAGAAAAGCCUGCAAGAUUCACCUAUGCUGACCUUAAAAGAAUCACCAAUGGCUUUAAGGAAAACCUCGGAGAAGGAGCUCAUGGGGCUGUCUUCAGAGGAAAACUUUCGAGUGAGAUUCAAGUGGCUGUGAAGAUCCUCAACAAUACAGAUGUUGAAGGGAAAGAGUUCAUCAAUGAAGUGGGAAUUAUGGGCAAAAUCCAUCACAUCAACGUGGUGCGUUUGCUCGGCUUCUGUGCAGAAGGAUUCCAUCGUGCUCUUGUCUACAAUUUCUUUCCAAACGGUUCCUUACAGAGCUUCAUAUUUCCACCAGAAGACAAGGACCAUUUCCUUGGUUGGGAGAAGCUUCAACACAUUUCUCUCGGUAUAGCUAAAGGGAUUGAGUAUCUUCAUCAAGGUUGCAACCAUCCCAUUAUUCACUUUGACAUCAAUCCUCACAACGUGUUACUUGACGACAACUUCACUCCAAAAAUAUCUGAUUUUGGCUUAGCCAAAUUGUGUUCCAAGAAUCCCAGCGUGGUGUCAAUGACAGCUGCUAGGGGAACCUUGGGAUACAUUGCACCUGAAGUCUUCUCCAGAAACUUUGGGAACGUGUCUUACAAAUCUGAUAUUUACAGUUAUGGAAUGUUGUUGUUAGAAAUGGUCGGUGGGAGGAAGAAUGUGGACAUGUCUUCUCCAGAAGAUUUCCAUGUUUUGUACCCAGAUUGGAUCCAUAACCUGGUUGAUGGAGAUGUGCAUAUCCAUGUUGAGGAUGAAGAUGAUGUUAAGAUUGCAAAGAAACUAGCAAUUAUUGGGCUUUGGUGCAUUCAGUGGCAGCCAGGGAACCGUCCAUCCAUAAAAUCUGUGAUACACAUGCUAGAAACUCAAGAGGAAAACCAGAUUGCUGUGCCUCCUAAUCCAUUUCACUCAGCAACUUCCACUACAGUUAAGGGACCCACCUCCACAAGACGACCUUUGCAUUUGGAAGUGAUUGAAGAAUGAUUUACACGGGAAAAAACAAUAAUCUUUUAAUAUGUAGAAAUAUUAUCGAAGAUUAUUUUAUUAAAUAUGACGAAAUCUAUAACACCUA